AUGCAGGAGGUGGUGCUUGGACACAUUUUAGAGGCGUAAAGGCCUGCCUCAUUUGGUGCAGAUCAGAUCAUUUACAAAAAGCCACAUCCAGCACUCAAAGCAAGAGAAAGUCACCACCGGCCGCUGCCAGCAUCCUCACCCCACCACAGGAGUAACAGCAGUCUUGCUGUUGCAUCAACAAACGUAGCUGGACAUGAAUCCCGGCAGUCUGCGUGGCCUGCUGGACAUCAGCAACGCAACCUGGGCUCUGUCGGAGCGCUCUGUGCUGCAGCCCAUGUGGGAUUACCUUCAGCAGAACCACGAGAGCACCUUGCGCUCCCCGCUGUUUCCUGUCAUCAUCUCAGUGUCCAUGUACCUGGUGCUGGUGUUCUUCUACACCGUGUUGGACCUGCUCGCACCCACCUGGCCAUCCAUCCGACGCUACCAGAUCCACCAGGACCGCACUGUCACCUGGUCCAACAUCGGCUCCACUUUGGCACUCACCACGUACAACCAUCUGCUCUACAUCUUCCCCGCCGCCAUUGCCCAGUGGCUCUGGCGGCCGCCUGUGCCACUGCCCCGCGAGGCGCCCACGCUCACUGCCUUCCUGCUGGGAAUCGUGGGCUGCACAGUGGUGUUCGACUUCCAGUACUACUUGUGGCACUUGCUGCAUCACCGCGUCGGCUGGCUCUACCGCACCUUCCACGCGCUUCACCACCAGUAUCGCCAAACCUUCAGCCUGGUUACGCAAUACCUGUCUGCUUGGGAGCUCUUCAGUGUGGGCUUUUGGACCACCGUGGAUCCUUUGCUCCUCCAGUGUCACUGUCUCACCACCUGGGCAUUCAUGCUGUUCAACAUCUGGGUUUCUACUGAGGACCACUGCGGGUACGACUUCCCUUGGGCAAUGCAUCGUCUGGUUCCCUUCGGCCUUUGGGGUGGAGCGCUGCGGCACGACGCUCACCAUCAGCAGCCGGGCACCAACUUUGCGCCUUUCUUCGCCCACUGGGACUGGCUGGGGGGAACCGCAACCAUGCCGGCUCCUGUGAAGACAAAAACACGGAAAGAAAGGGACGAAAAGGAAGCCUGAGGCUCUGCUUUCCCUUUCACACUCUCGCACUCAUCUCUCUCUUUUCGCUCCAUCUGUCCCGCCCUGUCUCGCACGUUCUCCGUUGCUAUUCAUCUUCUCCCUGAACUGCAGAUCAAGUAUCUUACUAACAAACCAGUAGAGAAGCAAGCAGCACAUUCCCAAUGAAAGCAUCCUGGUCCUUGAAUGUAUAAAGUGUCUUUUCUUGCAAAUCUAUCUAUUUUUCUAAAUAAUAAAAAAAAAAACUCCUUAGCAUUUAAUGGCCAAUUUGUGGAGUUUUGUGGCAUAUCUCAGGUUUGUAGUUUUGGCCUAAUGUCUUGAAAAACAUUAAGUGUGUUCAAAAUGGCUUGUAUUCCAAUGCUUGUUAUUGUAUUUUGACACUCUUCACUAUACUUGGGUCAAUAAAUUUCUUCGUUGUUUGUUAAGUUUACUUUCAGCUGUGUUGAUAUGCAUUUGAGGAUGCUUUGCAACCUUUGGAGAAGAAGCACUGACUGUUAUAAUCGUUAGAGAAUCGUUAUAUGAAGUAACUGUGUGGCAUGUUGGCUAACACAAUUGGCUCACUGUGAUUGCUAGAAAGAUCUAAGACUACUUACAUCAUCACUGCUGCUGUUUGUGUUUGCUAAUAUAAAUUCUAAAUGUUCAAAAUACAGACUACAUGAGUUAUUUUGAUCAUGAAGGUAAAGUUUAAAGGUACAGAUCACCCAAAAAUGAGUUUUUGUCAUAAUUUGCUCAGCUUCAUGUCAUUCCAACUUCAUAUUAUUGUCUCUAGUUCAUGAAACACAAAAUGAGAAGUUCAUCAGAAUGUCUGAGCUGCUCUUCCAGUAAAAAUGGAUGGAGAUUUAGUUAUAAAAACAAAACAAAAAAGACACUACAUCCUAAGCUUUCUGAAGCCAUACAAUAUAUGUGUGUGAAAAACAGACCAAAAUUUAAGCCACCAGAGCUUUGAAAUCAUAUUUGUUAUUGUGAUGAUGCAUCAUGCCUGCUAUUGGUUCUCGAAUGUCACAUGGCCGAUCAAGUGAAAAAAAAGUGACUGUACUGUACAUGACACUGUAGAUCUGCAUAAGGAUUAAAGGAAUAGUUAAUGCAAAAA